AUGGCUACGGAAAGUGUACCACAGGUAGCUCUUACCCAAGACGCUUCUGAAGAUCGCGCAAGAUGGAAGCAUCUCGACACAAUCCUCUCUCGCAGAGGCGCGUUCACCGACCCGGACGAUUUCAUACCUGGAGAUCGUGUCAUUCAGAGUCUCGAAGCAGCAAAGGUUUUAGUCAUUGGAGCUGGUGGCCUUGGAUGUGAGAUCCUCAAGAAUCUGGCCCUUUCUGGAUUCAAGAACAUCGAUGUCAUCGAUAUGGACACGAUCGAUGUAUCCAACCUCAACCGUCAGUUCUUGUUCCGCCAGUCAGAUGUGGGAAGUUACAAGGCCGAAGUGGCCGCUCGAUUCGUCGAGAAGCGCGUCAAGGGCGUCAAGAUCAACCCAUACUGCGGCAAGAUUCAGGACAAGGACGAGGACUAUUACCUGAAGUUCAACAUUAUCGUCUGUGGGCUGGACAGCAUUGAAGCAAGAAGAUGGAUCAACGCCACAUUGGUCGGUAUGGUGGACGAGGACAACGUCGACAGCCUGAAGCCCUUGAUCGAUGGCGGCACUGAAGGCUUCCGAGGCCAGUCCAGAGUCAUCCUGCCUACCGUCACAAGCUGCAUUGAGUGCCAGCUGGACAUGCAUGCUCCUCGUGCUGCCGUUCCUUUGUGUACGCUGGCUACCAUCCCUCGCCAGCCUCAGCACUGUAUCGAGUGGGCCCAUCUGAUCGCUUGGGAAGAAGAGCGUAAAGACAUCACACUCGACACUGACGACACGGAGCACAUCUCGUGGCUAUUCGCAAAGGCCUUGAAGCGCGCACAAGAGUUCAAUAUUCCAGGAGUCACCUACUCAAUGACCCAAGGCGUUGUCAAGAACAUUAUCCCGGCCAUCGCUUCGACCAACGCCAUCGUCGCUGCCUCAUGCUGCAAUGAAGCCUUCAAGAUCGCGACAGGCACAAAUCCUUUCUUGGGAAAUCCCGGCGCAAACAAUUACAUGAUGUACAGUGGUGACGACAGCAUCUACACGUACACAUUCGAGCAUGAGAAGAAGGACGAUUGCCCUGUCUGCGGCAACCUGGCCAAGGAAAUAUCGGUCAAGAGAGAAUGGACAUUGCAGGACUUCCUGGAGCACCUGGCCGAAAGACCGGAAGCACAGCUCAAGAAGCCAUCGAUCAGAACGGAAGAAAAGUCACUCUACUACUCGGCACCUCCUAGUCUCGAAGAGCAGACUCGACCAAACUUGAAGCGCAAGCUGGAUGAGCUCUUGUCUGACGGGCAGGAAGUGGGUGUCAGCGACCCUGCAUUCACCAUCGACUUCAAGUUCAAGAUCCGCUUCAGCUGA